AUGCGGCCCUCUACGAACCAGAAUCUGCUAUUGCCUCUUCCCGGCACACCCACAGCCUUGCCCGAAUUCGGCCGUCCCAGUUCAGAUGAGGUACAUAUAUUUCAACCCGACGAGCCACCGUCGCAAAAUUCCCUACGUCGCCUCGCCAAUUAUCCGCUCUAUGACUCCUCUGGCGCCUCACUCCCACUCUCGUCACUGUUCUCGCCGACAUGUCUUCGCAAGACCCGAAUGCUCCUCAUCUUCAUCCGGAACUUCUUUUGCGGCAAUUGCCAGCAGUACCUCGUCAAGCUGAACGAGGUCAUGCCGCCGUCCAGCCUACCCGCUGACACUGCCCUUGCCAUCAUCGGCUGUGGCGCGCCAACAUUGCUCCCAUCCUACCUCGAGUUGACACAUUGUCCCUACCCAAUCUACACCGACCCAUCGGCGCAAUUGUAUCCCAAACUCAAUAUGCAGCGCACCCUCAAAAUGGGCGACUAUGCACCGGACUACAUCCACACAGGCAUAUUUGUUAGCAGUCUGCAAUCGAUUGUGCAGGGCCUGAAGCGGCUACCGAAAGGUGACGUCCGAAAGGCGGGAAAUAUGGACCAGAACGGUGGGGAGUUUCUAUUCGUGCGGCGCGAGGGCAGUGUUGGCUGGGGAGGAGAUUGCUGGGCGGAUGACUGGCGCGUCACCUGGUGUCAUCGAAUGCGGAACACCCGAGACCACACGGAAGCGGCGCGCUUACGAAUAGUGCUGGGCAUCGACAAAGACCCGUCACAGAAAUGGCCACUAGCAGCAGGCAUGACCGAGAGGGAUCGAUACAGGACUGUGGGCAAGCCAUGGGCAAACGGGUCGAAGACUACGACGAAAAUCACAUCUCCGGCAAUGGGAAAGGAGAACGAGAAGCCGCUCAAACACAAGCGGAGCACGACUCUAUCCUCCCUCAGAACGCUCACAAGCAACGGAAACAGCAACGGAACGAAGAGACAUCGCGUGCUGCAGUCGAUUAGCAACACAAUAUCCCGUCCAGGUACAUCACGAACCCACAAGAAGUCCGCCAGUGCCAGCCCCAAUCCUCAGCAGAUGUCCUCGCCAUUCGUCUCAGAGCAAGAUGGUUUCGACCCAUCAGCACCGGCGCCCCGGACAGUCGCUAUGGCGGCAUGGGAUCGGCCCGAAGAGCUGAAGUCGGGUUAUUCUGACCGGGAAGUAUUACAAAAGUCAGAAAGCCAUGGACGCCCUGUGCAGCAGCCGGAGAAGAAGGAUAAGAAGAUAUCCAAGUCGAAAGCAAAGGACGAAUCAGAGGACAAAUCACAGUCACAGACUACGCGAAUACUCUCGGCAACAUCCAGGGAGCAGCCCACUACCCGCAAGCGCGCCACUUCUCGAUCAAAAGCUGCAGCACAAGUCCUAAACUUACGCCUUGCACCAAUUACAAAGGGGAACAUUGCCAAAUUCAACAAAUCGACCGACAACGUAGCUCUUGGAACUGGUGACUCGGAAAGCCACGUAGCCAUCUUCUCGGUCGUCACUCCGGCGCAGACAACUGGAAGGCCUAGUGUUUCGGCAGCAAGGCUUGACAGAGACGUGUACUAUACGUAUGGGGAGCCGGGGACCGCAAAUGGGCAGAGCAGUGUACGGAGUAGCUUGGAUGGGCAAUUAGGAUCGCCGUUGCCCUUGCCUGUUGGAGGACCUGUUGGCGGGUCUGUGCCCAUCGGUGUAGGUGGAAUCUUUGAGCGCAUGGGUACCACAGGACGUGCAAAAGAUAGAGUCCAAGGACUGGGAAUGGCUGUCCGGGCUUGA